AUGCCCCGGGACCCGGCGGGCAGCCGUCCCUAUAAGUCCUUCACGGUCUGGGCCAUGUCUGAUCCUGAGGCGGCCGCACAGCGCCAGAGGACAGGAGCAGGGAGAACUGGCCUCAGUACUCAAAGGAACCCUGAGCCGACCAACCGGGAGCUGAACAAGUUGCUGUCUGAGAAGUACAAGGUGCUCCCAAAGCAGAUAAAGCAGAAAUAUGAGGAUUUCCAAAAGGGGAAGCAAGAGUUUGAGGAAAAACUGGCUCAGUUCGGAAAAGACCACCCUGAUCUAGUUGAGGACUCCAAGAAAUCCGGUGUCCCCAAGAGGAGCCAUAUCAAAACCCAACAGAAGUUUCAGAGAAAUGUGAAAGAAGUGAGGUCUCCUCCAGAAACUGAUGAAUUUUCCAAGAAGAUGAAAUUCCAUGGAGAGCCCAGGAAGCCCCCUAUGAAUGGAUACCACAAGUUUCACCAAGAUUCAUGGUCGAGUAGGGAGCUGCAACAUUUGACCCUGAGAGAGCAGAUGGUGGAGAUUGGCAGACACUGGCAGCACAUCCCACGGGGCCUGAAGGAACAUUACAGCAGCCAGGCUGAGGAGCUGCAGAAACAGUACAAGGUGGACCUGGAUCUCUGGCUCAAGAGUCUGUCUCCCGAGGAAUAUGCUGCGUACAAAGAGGCAACCUAUACUAAGUGUAAGAACAGGCCCACGACAGGAGGCCCAAACCCCAAGUUUAGACGAACAGAUCUGCAGUCCUUACCAGCAAAGAGUCUUCAGGAAGGACUUGGAAAGGAGCAGGGACUGGAGGUUCAAGGGACAGAAUCAACAGAGAAUUUUCAAGUCAAUUAUCAUCCCUCAUGGGGAUCAGAAGAGAAUGAGAAGGAAGACGGGGAUGAGGACGAUGGCAGUGGAGAUGAAGAUGAAGAGGAUGAAUCUGAGGGCAGUGGCUCCAGCUCAUCUUCCUCAGGGGACUCCUCAGAUUCAGACUCCACCUGA